GAUGUGAUAAUACACAUGUUUUUGAAUGUAAUCCCCAGAAUGGAGCCUGUGAUUAUGGUGUACGUGAUUCUUGCGCAAUGUGGAAAAUUAAAUUGUACUUCAUCACCAAAUCUACCAGCACAACCUACUAUACCACCAGCACAACCUACUCAACCACCAGCACAACCUACUCAAACGCCAGCUAAACUAUCUACAUGCACUCCUACUUGUGUUAAACCUAAAUCGUGUGCUAACAGUAAAUAUCAAUGCUUAUCAUCAAAUUGUCCAAAAGGACAGGCAUGUAAUAAUGCUGGAGCAUCAAAACAAGUUAAAAGCGUUGCUGAAAUUGCUGGUACUUGUUCUGCAAUAACACUUCCAGCUAUAUUUGUAGCAUGGGGAGUUAAUGUAGCAUGUGAUAUCAUAGAAGAAGCAGCAACUGACGUAAUGGAAGUUGUAACAAAUGUUCAU